AUGGGACCAGCAUCGUCUCCUACAUUUCCCACCCUCGACCCAAUCGUCGUGGACGACGAUAUGAACCCCUAUCAGGAUACGGACAUGGACUUUUUGGACUCGACGAGGCUGCAGUUAUCAUCCGAAAAUGCUGGACAAGACUUCGAUGACCUCUUCACCCGUGCCGCACCGUCCCGCACUCUCGCAGAAUCCGAUCCACCGUGCCUUUCCCCGUCAGAAUUGUCGCUGAAGCGGUCAUAUCACGAGCAAGACACCUUGCGACACCCCAAAGUCUUUGCCUCAGAUUCACCGGCCGAAUCGUUAGAUAACUCAAGCCCGAGCUCGAGUUCGGAGUCACCUCGAAACCACCUUCGAAACUCCUCCGUCGCGUCGUCCACAUCAGCGGUCCACAGCGAAAAUACAGUGAUGCCCUUUGGCUAUACAUCUGAAGAUUGGGUAAAUCCAGACUACGACCACGUGAAGGAUGAGUCUCUUUUUGGCUUCGACGCUUCGCUACCGAACCUGGAAGGCCCUUAUCCAGCGGAAACCGACCUCGAAUCAAGCAACAAAGCUAUGGAUGCCGCUUUUGAUUUUGAGAGCGCUGCCAGCAGCCCAAGCCCUCUAAAAGCGGGCGUCACGCCGCAAUCAAGGGUACAGAAAGGAUCUAGGUCGCGCAUGCGUGGGGCGCCGGGUUCCGCCAAAAGAAAAUCCGCGUCGCCGCGAAUUCCGCAAAACCACGCCCCAUACUUUGGCAACAAUGUCAAAGAUACUCCCUCUCCCUUCCAGCCGUCAAGGGCACACCCUCAAGCCAAAACACCCCUCAGUCCAUGGGGUGGACAUUCUCCCUCGUCUUAUCUGGAGGAGAGCUUUGGCGGUAUCAACGUGAAUGCCGCUUCUCCACUGAACUCCCAUUUGAACUUUUCCCCGCAUAGCCUUUCUUUCAAUUUCAGUUUCGCGGCCUCACCCGCCCAGAAGAACAUCAUUCCAGAUCCUAACCAGCGCCCCAUCCUAACCGUUCAUCCGACCUCUCUUAAAUCACGUGUUGAAACACAGAUUCCGAUCAAGUUGACUCUAUACCCAUUGCCGCCUGGAGUUAAGAAGAUACGCUUGCCGAGCCACACCAUCUCAAAACCCAAAUUUCUCGCUUCCGCUGCUACCGAGCGCUCUCCGGAAACCCUUGAAUUAUAUACAAGCCUUUUCUGUACGAGUGCUAUGCAGGAUAAAGAAAAACUGCGGAAAGCAUUUGCAAAGGCGGCCGCCGGCACCAGAUAUCGACCAUCAAGCUCUUCUGCCAUUAGUGCUGAAACACAGGAGGAGGAUAAGCCUCUCGAAGGGGGUGAGGUGAAGAUCUGUAAUGGUUGCAUACAGCGUGAACGGAAACGCGCCUUUAGAAAGAAGCAGAGGAAACCUGAAGAGGACGAGUUGUUUCAGAAGCAUGAAGACAAGCGUGUGAUCGUCUUCAAUACCAAUGAGCUGAAAGACUGGACCGAACCAUCGAAAUCUGCCGCUUCCGAAUCUCAGAUGCCGCAAAUUCCCGGGAGCAUGCAGGUCGAGCUGCCUAUGCGAAUAGCCUGCUACUGUAGGCACCAGAACGAGAAGCAAGGAUUCCAAGUUAUCUUCACCUUGAAGGAUCAUAGGGAUAAUGUCAUUGCCCAGGCGAUCACGAAUUCGAUCAUGAUCACGGAUGACCACAAGACCCAUGCGCCUUCAGCGCCGCCCGCCCCCGGCCCGUCGCCGUCAUUACCUGAUGGGACACAACUUCCUGGUGUUGGUGUGUUUCCAUCUGGUCCGAGCUUUGAUACUGGAAAGUCGUCCACUUCUACGCAGCAGGCAGCUACCUCCCCUUCUGCAACAGACCUACAGGGCCUACAGCAAAGGUUCAACUCUCAAUACCAGCCCGCGACUGGCUCUUUUGUAAGCUUGGCGAAUGGGACAUCGUCUAGUUCUCAGGGCUCUCGAAGUCUCUCGCGACAGGCCUCGCCAAAUGACUUCCAAGGUCCCAAUAGCAAACGCCGCAAGCAUAGCAAUACCAACAGGCUUCCCUCGGAGCUGACUAUGACUAAAUUAGAGAACGGUCAGUCAUCGGCAGGGCCUCCUGUAAAUGACACCCAGUUUUCAGGCGCUCAUGGAUUCGCCUCCCCGACUGAGAGGCCUUUCGUUACAACAGCCGCUAUGUCUAAUCAGUUUGCGAAUGGUCCUCCUACACCUACGAGCGGAGACAACUCUUUUUUCACGAGCCUGCAACAGCAAACCCUGGAUAACUUUAUUCAGCAGCAACUGAUGUCUGCGCCGAACUCAGCGCAGCCCAGUCGCCCAGGCACCCCAGGUGGAUCUGGCAGGAAUAGCUUCCAAGAACAAAGCCUCAAUAUCUCACUAGGCCCCACUCCGACCACACCAAUGUGGCCCGCUAUGACCAAUGCUGGAAACCGGCUACCGUCAGUGAUUCAUAAACUGGUGCCAGCCGAGGGUUCCAUCACCGGUGGGACAGAGGUUACUCUUCUAGGAAGUGGCUUCUAUCCGGGCAUGGAAGUUGUAUUCGGUGAUACGCUUGCCACUACCACCACGUUCUGGGGUGACAAAUGCCUCAACUGUCUUACUCCGCCAGCCCUUCAGCCUGGACAAGUGGCCGUUCUGUUCAAGCACGAGCAUCCGAGCUUUAACCAGCUACAACAACAGCACCAACCGAUGAUCCCCAAACAGCAGCAGUACUUCAGAUACGUUGAUGAUCGUGAGUUGCAAAUGUAUCGCCUGGCACUCGGAAUCCUUGGGCAGAAAUUAGGGAACCAGGCGGAUGCAUUCCACACUGCUCAGCAAAUCAUGGGUAGUGAUUAUAAGGGCGCAUUCAACCUUCAGAAAGACUUCCAAAGUUCCUCUGGCGGCCAUCAGAGGCAGGUUCCUGGGCUGGAGUCACAGGGUAAACUCGGUGACAUGGAUUCGAAGAUGUUGACCUACUUGGAGUUUAUCGACCUCGACGACAGCCCUCGUCCGCCGAGGUAUAACACCCGCAGUUCUACUGGCCAGACUCUUCUUCAUUUCGCUUCUUCCCUAGGCCUUACGCGAUUUGUUGCUGGUCUCCUCGCCAGAGGCGCGAACCCGGAUGUGCAGGACAACACCGGAAAUACCCCAAUGCAUCUUGCUGCGUUGAAUGGCCACGCACACAUUGUUAACAGACUCCGUCUUGCCGGCGCCAGCCCUAAUGCCCGGAGCAUCCGAGGGUUCACGCCAGCUGAUUUGGCUACUACACUGCCUGCCCAUCAGGCAGCUUUGAUACCGGCACCCCACUCUCGUUCACGCAGCGUAGGCUCAUUGACCUCGCGACGCAGGCAGAGUAGUUCAGCGUCCCUCCAUUCGCUCUGGGAAUCAUCCUCGGCGACCGACUCUUUCAAUCAGACUGUCGAUGAUUCUGAUGAAUUGGAAGACUCAGAUGAUGAACUCGUUAUUUCACCCUCUCGCCGCUCUAGCAUUCACCAUGAUGCUCCCGCCCCGCUACAGACUACUGAACCAACCGCACCCCCAGGUGACGCACGGCCUUUCUCACCUCCCGCGGCGCUCGUUGCUUGGCGGAAUCACCUGCAGGCGCAGAUUAAUCAAUUCCAACAGAGUGUUGCGAAUGCUUUCCCAAAUCUACCUAAUCUUCCAGCUCUGCCGCCUAUGCCGGCUCUGCCAGGCUACCAGGGUAAUCCUAUGAUGCGCCGCAUCACAAAUCUCGUUCCCCAUCGGCCAGCUUCCUCCCGCGGUGCUAAAGAGGGAUGGUGGGAUAUGUUGACGGGCAACACUUCUCCUAGCGCUACCGAACUCCCAUCUUACGACGAGCUUUAUCCACGCAAGGAGGCCGAAGAUGAGGAAGAAGCAGCCCGGGUGAAGAAGUCUAGCAUGUUGCAAGCUGCUGCCGAAGCGGCUUUGGACCAGCAUUUUGAGACGCAAGCCAGCUCCUCGCGAACCACAGUCGCAAAGGAGAGAGAAGAUAUCAAGGACAUCCGAAUCGGUCGCAAUGUCAUCUCCCGGGAGCAACAGAAGCAUCUUCGGGAGCAGCAAGCACGACGGAUGAAGGGCCUUGCCAGCGAUCGGAAUCUGUACUUCUUUUGGAUUCCUCUUCUCAUUCUGGUGAUUUUUGCGUGGACUCGAAGCUAUAUUCCAGGCAUAUCGCAGGGAUUGUCUGAUGCGUAUGACUUUGUGAAAGCACGUUCCACGCAGCGCGUGUUGGAUAUUGAAACUUAA